CAAGUGAAUCUCAAACUUGUUAUGUGCGCAAAAAACUUUGCUAGAUAAACCGCUUUUGAACAAUGAAGUUUUCCGUUUUCAUCUGCAGUGUUUUAAUUACUAUCACUGGUUUCUACGUUGAGGAAUCGUCACAAGUUUCAGCCCGAUGUCGCGAGGUGAAAAUAUUGAAUGGAAAAAUGCGUCAGAACGCCCGAGGAAGAAUGGUCAGAUUCUGGUGCAACCAGGGAUUCAAACUGAUAGGAACCAAGUACGCAACUUGCGUCAGAGAAAGAUUGGACCUUCCGCCUCCAAUUUGCGCCAAAACAACGUGCUCACCCGUGAACAAACCCGAGCACAGUUUGAUGGUGGAAAGGGAAUCUGGUGCUGUUCUCAUGUUCGUUUGUGAGCCCGGUUACGAGCUGCAGGGUUCUAAGGAAAUAUACUGCAUGGGUACAGCGUGGAACGAAAGCGCGCCAACUUGCAAAAACACGAGGAUAAAUCCGCCGACAAGUUGUAACUUCGAUGAUCCUGGCCUCUGCUCCUGGGAACAAGAUAGUUUCCACGACUUCGACUGGACGAGACACAACUUCCGCACCGGAAGCUGGAGAAUCCCAACCGGUCCGUCUCACGAUCACACUUUGGGAUCAGGAUACAACGGUUAUUACUUGUACACCGAGGCGACAGGGAAAAGAGAAAACGACACUGCACGAAUCAUAUCACCUCUUUACAGUUCCAAUCUGACCGAAGGAGGAUGUUUUUCAUUCUGGUAUCACAUGUACGGAAAUACCAUCGGAACGCUGAAUGUUUUUGUCAGACCUGAAGGGGGAGUCAGACGAUUGAUGUUCACCAAAAGUGGAAAUCAGGGUAACGCAUGGUGGUCUGGUUUCUUUGACUUGCCAAAAAUUGAAAACAAUUUUCAGAUAGUCAUAGAGGGAAUAAGAGGCCAAGGAUAUCUGAGCGAUAUUGCUAUCGACGACGUCGCGAUUCUGCAGGGAAAUGCCUGCAGGGAUCAGCUGAAUGUGACGACGGAAGUGACUCCAGUCGAUGACGAUGAUCAAGCGGAGAUCGUGCAUUCGAUGCAGACUUGUAACGGAAAGUGCAUAAAUUUCAACGCCACGUAUGAUCCGAGCGUCAUUUGUCAGUGCGAUCUGAACUGCAUCGAUAGACAAAACUGCUGUCCGGACUACGCAGAAUUCUGUUUUUCGUCCUCUGAUUUUGACGAUAGCACUACCGUGACUCCGCCAGGCUUAAAACCGGUCUCUUUUACGCCGGAAAUUCCGUCCACAAGACUACCUGAUAGGCUUCCUAUUCCCAUUAGUCCCAAGGAUGGCCUGGAUCCAAAUCCGCCAAAACGACUGGACGGGAACACAACCAAAAAAUCGAUCCAGAGCAGCACUCAGGAAACCCUGGCGGUGACCGUGUCUAGCGAAGAAGUAGACGCCCAGAAAUCAAGUCGACAUCCGAGGAGGUUUUCGCUUUCAGGAAUCAUAGCGAUAGUCGCAGGCAUCACAGUAGCUGGAAUCGCUUGUGCAGGAUUAGUCACCUUUUUUAUUUUCCAGAAGCGUAAUAAUUACAAAAAAAAUUCCCGAAAAUCGGCUCUCUCUGAUGACAGCGAUGUCAGAUUUCUUACCUCCGACGAAAUGCUGGAUUUCAAUAUCGCAAGACCUGAAGACAUGGAACUUCCUUCCUAAUUGCAACCGGUGAACUUGAUGGGAUUUAAUAUAUUCUUUUGAAAUGGUGUUCCGUUAUUACGAAAGAAUAUCUUUAAUAAGGGUGAAAACAUCUACGCAGAUAAAAAGAUGAAACUCAAAAAACUUAAGCACAAGAUUUAUUUUCAGAAGCUUCGCGCGAUGAAUUCGAGAUC